AUGUCUCUCGAUCUCGCAAAGCUCGAAGCUCACCUGGCUACCAGGUCGUACGUUGAGGGGUACACGCCCUCGCAGGCGGAUGUUCAUGUCUUCAAAGGCAUCAAUGAGGCCUCAUUAUAUCCCAACGUCACCCGCUGGUACACCCACGUCAAGUCAUAUGUGUCUGAGCACGCUUCGCUCCCCGGCUCCAGCACGGCUGGCGAGGCAUUCUUCGGUGCCUCUGCUCCUGCGGCCGCGGAGGGCGAUGACGACGAUGAAGUCGAUCUCUUCGGCUCGGAUGACGAAGAGGAUGCUGAGGCGGAGCGCGUCAAGGCUGAGCGUGUCGCCGCGUACAACGUGAAGAAGGCCGCCAAGCCCAAGACCAUCGCCAAGUCCGUCGUGACGUUCGAGGUGAAGCCCUGGGAUGAUGAGACCGACAUGGCAAAGCUUGAAGAGAGCGUACGAUCCAUCGAGAUGCCGGGGCUUGUCUGGGGUGCUAGCAAGCUUGUCCCCAUUGGUUACGGUAUCAAGAAGCUCCAGAUUACCCUCGUUGUCGAGGACGAGCUGGUCUCUCUGGACGACCUCCAGGAGAAGGUCGCCGAGUUCGAGGACUACGUGCAGAGCUCGGAUAUUGCUGCCAUGCAGAAGCUCUGAGCGUGUUCCAUUGCAUUCACAUCUAUUUUGGGGUUGAGCAUGGAAAGAAAUUGUAUACACGCUGUUGUACGGAUCAUAACCAAUUUGUAGCAUUUCUGUAC